AAGAAACUGACAGAAAGAGAACGCCUGUGAAGGAAGAAACAUCGCAGGCUUUUAUUCUGGAUGGUAGAGGACGUCCAGUUGUGUAACUAUUUCAGGGGAACUAUAUUUGAGAGAGAAAAAACGACGGACAUUUCGUUUAUUUUUUACUCAAAAACUGGUAUAGCAAUUUGCUUAAGCUGUAAAAGACAUUUAGAAGUCUAGAAGGAAAUCUGUGGACCUAAAGAAACUCAUUUUUACAUUUGACUUUUCUUCGCCACCUCUGAGGAAUAAUGCUUUGGAUUUUCUUCCCCAUUACUCUAUCCCUGGUUUCCUUUAUUGGCACAUGGAGUGUCUACAGCCUGGCCUACUCAAGCAAUCACGUGUGUUCCCUCAGUGACUGGAGUGGCAACUACUACUGCACAGGCAAUAACUCCAAUGCAUGCUGCUACGCUCCCACCAUCAGUGCAAGUGGAAUGAGCGCUCCAGAAAACUCACUUUUUACUGCCACCAUCAACGCUGGAUCCUUCCUGUUUCUGCUUUUCUGUAUAUUCCACCAUGCCCAUCUGAUGGAGAAACAUGCGUGUUACUCCCUGUUGAGCAAAACUGCUCUGGUUUUUGGAGUCAUUUCAUCGGUGGGGUCCUUCGCAGCGGGGAAUUGUGAUCUGGAUUACCUGCCCCUGCUUCACUACCUUGGUGCUGCUGUCAGCUUCACGUGCAUCUGCUUCUACACCAUCCUGCUCACUGCCCUCACAAAAAGGUGCGUGCUGACGGGAUACGAAAAGGUUCUUUAUCCGCUGCGCAUCGCCUCCACUGUGGUCCAGAUCAUCGUCACCAUCUGCUAUACUAUCUUGUUUGUUCAGGAAAAGUACUUUUACAUCCACCUUUCUGCUGUUUUUGAAUGGAUGCUGAGUGUCAACCUGGAGCUGUUUGAGCUCAGCUACGCCAUGGAAUUUCUCUUCUUCUCGUCCUUCAUGAUUUCAAACCUGCUGAGCAGGCGUGAGGAAGAAAAGCCAUUGAUAUUGACGAUGUCAUGAUAUAAGAGUGCCAGGGUUCAGCACACAUCCCCAAGCAUCGAGGAUGGGCUCAGUGAGACAUCUGUAACUACUGUUAUUGGACCCUGGCUUCAAGCUCAACCGUGAUGUUUAAUUGUUCCCUUUUUUCAUUUUUUUUAGAUGACAACUUUCACUUGAUCGUCUUUCUCACUUACCAUCUAUUUAUUGAAACACUAAGUGCUCUCAUAUAGAGACUCUGCCACAUGAACAAUUUUCCUCAAACACCAAGUUCCUUUUUCGGUAGAAUUUUCUUUCUUCAUUCAAGAUUUCUCAACAAAAUUACUUGAGAUAUGUGCAAUUAAUUACCAGACUGAGUUCAUCUGGUUCAAUUUUGUGGGGAAACAAGUAUGUAGCAUUGGCACUUUAGUAAACUGUUUACAUACCAAAUAGACCAACAUGUGAAAUUUCUCACGUGAGGAUUCUUGAUAAGGACAGGGAAUGAGUUUGCCAACAAAAUCCUUAUGACUUAGCAAGAUCCUGUUUAACUGGAUGAUUGACAUUCCUUUCAGUCAGUUUGACUGUUCUGAAACAGACGUCAUUGGCCGUACCUUCACAGUGUCUCAUCGUGUCUUUGUGAACAUAUCUUCACAUGGAAACUUAGGGACACUCCUUGUUUUUGUUUUUUUUAAUAAAAACAUAGAUUAAAUAUUUUCCCUCUUGUAAAACUUCUACUUGAACUUCUUUACUUUUGCUAGUUUUAAAAGGUUGGUGUGUACAUGGAGACGCUAGUCUGAGUUUAGUUGUAUUUUGUGUCACGUCAUUGAAGGUUGUGGUGCAUGGGUGCGCAUUUCUCAUAAAGUCCCAUUUGCUGUCCCGCUGCCAUGUGUGUAAACUUGUUCUCCGCAUUUGACCCAUCCCCCGGGGGAGCGGUGAGCUGCAAAUAUUUAUAUUUAAUUUUUAAAGUUGCAACCUUUUGCUCAUGUAAAUGAAAGAGUGCAAACUUUCAACUUUAAGAAUGAUUAAAGUAUUAUAUUUUCAAGAUGUUUUGUUACUCUAACAUGUUUUUUUAUGUUUUCAAACAUUUGCAUCAAUUCCUAUUUCAUUGUCUAAUGGAAGGCGGCUUCAACUACACCUUUGAAAAUGCAUCUUCUCUCAAUUUUUAAGAUUGAGAUGUUCCAACCUUUAAAUAUAAAUAGUAUAUCACGGUAACUAUAUUUAAGUGCACACCUUUUCCAAAAAAGUAAAGUAUGAAAAAGUGUUUUUUUCUUUAAUUCUUGUAAUCCUGUUUUCAUAGGAUUUGAGCUAUUACCCCAAUUAAUGGAAAGAUUAAAAAAUAAAUAUUGAAAUCAA